UGUUCCGUAAUUACGACUUCGACUUCCUGUGGUAUCGUACCGUAUAUUUGUGAUGGUAGUGCUGGAUAAAAUUAUUGUUAAGUAAUGGGAAUUUCCGCUGGAUGAUUGCAAAAUAUUAAGACAUCAGGAUAUGUUUUUAAUAAUUGAAGACGAUAAUGGCGGACAACAAAAGGGAGGCCAUAAAAUCAAAAUGUACCAGAUUGGCAGUCGCAGCGAUUGAUUUUGGAACGACAUAUUCAGGAUAUGCAUUUUCGUGGAAACAUGAAUGGGGAAAAGUACAAGUUAACGAGUGGAACAGUGGUGAAUUUUUAUCAAGCAAGGCUCCGACGGCAAUCCUCCUAAAACCAGACAAAUCAUUUUACGCUUUCGGAUUUGAUGCAGAGACAAUAUUCACAAAUAUGGCAGAAAGAGAUUCUGACUCAGAAGAUGACGAAGAGGAAGGACCGAAAGAAAACUGCGAAGACUGUUAUUACUUUCACAGGUUCAAAAUGCUGCUACAUAGGGAUGAAAGAUUACAUCGUAACACUGAGAUAGAAGAUAUAACUGGGAAAAAGAUGAAUGCUAUGGACAUAUUUUCUAUGUCUAUUAAACAUUUGAAGAAUUCUAUGAUGGACAUGAUGAAUAAGAAAAUUGCCUUUAAAAUCUUAGAAAAAGACAUCGACUAUGUAUUGACAGUGCCAGCAAUUUGGGGAGAUGCAGCGAAAAUGUUCAUGCGAGAAGCUGCAGUUAAUGCUGGAAUACUAAGUGACCAACUAACCAUCGCUUUAGAACCAGAGGCAGCCUCCAUUUACUGUCAGUAUAUGUACCUGGAGCAAGAGUAUGACAAAGAUCCUGAUAGUACAUUCCAAAAGCAGGUGAAAGAAAAAUCCAAAUACAUGGUUGUAGACCUUGGAGGCGGUACUGCUGACAUCACCGUUCACAAACAAGCAGACGAUGGAACAUUAGAGGAGUUGCUUCCCGCCACUGGAGGACCAUUAGGAGGAACGUCUGUAGAUGACGAGUAUGCAGAUUUCUUGGAAACAAUCGGUGGAAAGGGAGUGUUAAAAAAGUUUAAAGAACGUUGUAUGGAAGAUCAUUUAAGUAUAUUCAGAGACUUUGAAACAGCAAAGCGUGCCUACACUGGGACGAAGGUUAGGAUUAAAAUACCAGUCCAUUUUGAUAGGCUUAUUAAAGAAAAUAAAACCAAGGGAAGUAUAAGCAAAGCGCUUCGAAACUCACAAUACAAAGACCAAGUUACCUAUAUGAAUAAUAAACUUGCCUUGGAACCUUCAGUAUUUGAAGAUUUGUUCAAGAAAGCCGUAGAUGGGAUUUCAAACUUUAUCGAAAAUAUUUUAGCUAGGAAAUCUUUUGAGGAUGUGAAGACCAUCAUCAUGGUUGGAGGCUUUUCAGAGUGUAGCCUUAUUCAAAAUGCAAUCAAGACAAAAUUUUCAUCAUACCGAAUCAUUACACCCACCGAGGCUGGGCUUGCUGUUAUUAAAGGUGCCGUCUAUUUUGGACAUGUGCCAAAUGCCAUAUCAAGGCGUGUCUCGCGAUAUACGUAUGGAAUCCAAAGCUGGCCAGAAUAUACACCAGAGAUAGAUCCACCAAGUAAGAAAAUUAACGUAAAUGGAUCAAUCCGAUGCAAAGAUGUUUUCUUUCCUGUUGUUCGGCGCGGAGAACAAAUUCCUGUAGGUUUCAGAAAAUCUCAAGUUUUUCAGUCUUUAAAACCCCAUCAAAGUGAAAUGGAAUGUGCAAUUUAUGUUUCGGAUCAAGAAAAUCCUCGAUUUGUUGAUGAUGAAAAUUGUAGACAAUUGGGUAUAUUGAAAGUACCAUUACCACGCGGAUUUGGUUCUGCGGAAAUAGAAGAAACAAUUAUAUUUGGUGAAACGGAAAUAGAAUUUGCUGCACAACAGAUUGGGUCUGGUAAAGUACUGGAGACAUCAUUUGAUAUGUUGGACUUUGAAAAUCUCCCCGAGUCUUAAUUCCUGUACUCUCACGGAAUUGUGAAUGAUUUAUAUAACAAGGCUAAGUGAACAAAAUUCUGAUUUAUAUGACUGCCUCCAAAUGUGAUUGUGCAAAUGUGUUCAAGACGCAAAUUCAGCACUGUGUUGGUGUCUUACGAUGACAUAUUGAACGAAUAUAUCUCAAGUACAUAUGUACUUCAUAUGCACACUUGUACUAUUUUUAUGAACUUAAAAGUUCUUUGAAUUCAUACAAAGUAUUAUUAAUGCGAGUCGAGCAUUGUUUUCAUGUUGUAAUUCUAGGACAGUGCUCAGUACAGUUAAGCGCCAUAUAUAUACUGAUCAGAAAACCUUUCCGAGAAACCAAAAUAGUGUAUACUUUAUAGUUACGUACAAAGAAGCUCCCCCGGUCGCUUCAUCGUAUGGUACAGGCUUUCUUUCGCAAUACCAAAUGCUUAAGAUAUCUAUCAUUAAUAAGGAAACGUGUGAGGUGAAGUCCAUAGCUUUUAAUCAAAUUUUACUUGAUUAGUAAAUAUCGUGAAAUUAAUUAAAAACACACUUUCGUUUCUAUGAAUUACCCUGAAUAGCAGACAAAAGAGCAAAGUGGUAAACACGCUUUGGCGGAUCUAAGCCAGAGCAAUGUUUUUUCCCAAAACAAUAUGAAGUAAAUUCGUAAAUUUAUUGUGGUCAUGUAAUAUCUUAAUAAUUUAUAAUUAGAUUUUGCUUGCUUAGUAAUUAAGGUAUCACACUACAUGACAAUUUAUACAUUUUAUGACACAACGUCACAAGAUAUGGAGAUUCAAAUGAUUUGUGAAAUUACUUGUAUCGGUCGAUUUGUAAGUAUAUCAACGUUGCUCAACAGAUAAGGUCUAGAGUUGCAGAACCACAGAUUCCACCAGUGUUAUUUGUGUUAUUUAUUGAAAUAAGUUUUUCAAAAUCAUAUUUGUUUCUCCAAAAUUGCAUAUGGUUUCCCUUUUUGACAUUAUGUACCUAUACAUAUCAUUGCAUCUUUCAUGAUUAAAUCAGAGUCGUUCA